AGUUAUUUAAUAAUGUGUAUGGAGGUGAUUUUCAAAUUUUCUUCAUAAAUUUGGAUUGUUUACCUGUUACGGGGUUUUUAAUUAAAAUGUUUAGCAAAUUAGCUGUACCUUUAGUGAUCUCAAUUAGUGUUACACCGUUAAUUUUGGUCUUAUACCUGAAAAAUAGACGUAAACAAAAGCAGGUUAAAGACACUGAUUGUAUUAAGUGCAUUUUUAUCACUGCAAGAAAUAGUGACUGCCGUAACCAUUUAAUGAAUAAUUAUACCUGUAGUCCGAGCUGUUCAAUGACGUAUUUAAUUGAAAUUUUGAAAUUUCUUAAAUCGGCCAAACAAACUAUAAGUUUGUGCAUGUACAUGUUAACAUUAGAUAGUGUGUACGAAACGCUAGUGGAAGCUCAUAAUAGUGCAAUAAAUGUUCGUGUAAUAGCAGACAGUGAAAUGUCCCGAAAUACAUCAUCAAAAAUCAUAUCUUUGAAAAGCAAAGGUAUUCCAGUUAAAAUGCAACCCCUUGAUGGUAGUCUGAUGCACCACAAGUUUUGUUUAAUUGAUGAAACUGAUGUUCUUUCGGGUAAGCUCUUUUUUGGAAGUACAAAUCUUACAUUACAAGGACUUUCAUCAAACUGGGACCAAAUAAUUUUCACAAAUAAAUACUCUAUUAUAAAACGUUUUAGUGAAGAAUUUGAAUAUUUGUGGCAAGAAUUAAAUUAGAUUAAAAAGGUAUGUACAAAAACAUAAUUGACUGAUAGAACAAAUUUUUUACUGCUUAAAACCAAACGCUAAUUUUUUGAAUAUCUGGUGUAUACUGAUAUCUUAAGACAUUUUUACUGAUCAAUGUGCUAAGUGCUAAAAGAAACAAAUACUGGAUUAUGAGUAAAAUGAUCCUUUAUAUCAAUGAA